AUGGCUUCACUGGGACCGUGGCUUGGAGGGAGUCGAGGAGGAGAUGACUCUUGGUUCGGCUCACCCUUCUCAAGCGAUAUAUGGGACCCUUUUAGCGUUCGAACGAGCAGGGAACAAAGUGACCGUGGUGAUGAAAUCUCUGCCCUCGCUACUGCCCGCGUGGACUGGCGUGAAACAGACACAUGCAGCGCACGAGUUUCGGGUGAGGAAGACGGCAAUAUUCUGCAGAUCAGCGGGGAGCAUACGGAGGAACAGGAGGACAAAAUCGACAAGUGGCACCGCGUUGAGAGGCGUCAUGGCAGCUUUAUUAGGCGGUUCCAGCUCCCGGAGAACGUUAAACUGGAUGAGAUCAAGUGCACGCUUGACCAUGGAGUGUUAAAAGUGACUGUGCCCAAGAAGCAGCCCCAGACUCCCAAAAAUGUUAAAUACAUCGACGUGGUGUAG